UACCAUACUACGAAUCGGCGCCUGCACAUAUUGUUGCGACGUAUCUUCGUGGCAUCAGUAAGCGGCGUUUUCCUACCCGAACGACACGUCACACGUAGAAACUUGUAAUUUCGUACGUAACGGAAUUCGGCAAACAAGGUGAGAAUUGAGAAACAAGGUUCUUUUAACCCAGCAGUUUUUCUAACUCAGCAAGCAAAAUGAGCUACGGCUAUCAAGGGCCACCUGUUCAACUCCCAGGACAAGGAAAACCACCAACAUCGUUUGGGGUUCCACCUGGUGCACCCUCUGCCCCUGGUGCCUCAUUUUAUCCUUCGGGCCCUCAGAUGGGUUUUUCAAAUGCACCACCAACAUCCUUCGGCAUGCCUCAACCAUACUCUCAGGCUCCUUAUCCAACUCAACCUCCUAUCCACCAUCAGCAUCCUACUCCUAGCAAUCCACCAACUCAUACUUAUCCUCCACAACCGAUGCCACAUCCUUCUCAAUCUAUGCCCACACCAUCUAUGCCACGUCCAUUCUCUGAUCAACCUGCACCAUCUUCCUACCCGCAGCAGCAAAAUUAUAAUCCCUACCCACAGCAGCAAAAUUAUAAUCCCUACCCACAGCAGCAAAAUUAUAAUACCCACCCACAGCAGCAAAAUUAUAAUACGUACCCUGAUCUUCAGAAAGCACCGGAUGCUAAAGAAUGUUUUAGCAAUAUAACUCCUUCCCCUUAUCCCUCUCAACCAAAUGCAUACACAGCUAUUUCAAAUCCAUAUCAAGGUGGAAACCAUCCUGGGGGGCAGAGGGUAAGCCCGAUGUAUCCUUACACUGCUAAUCCACCUACUGCUGCUCAGCGUGGUGUUACCUCAGCCCCCCAAAGAGAUCGGUUUACACCUAAGACUUCCCCUACUGUUGUGCCUUACGAUGCUUUUGAUGCUAGAGCGGAUGCUGAAGCUUUAAGAAAAGCUAUGAAAGGAUUUGGCACCGAUGAGAAAACUAUUAUUCAAGUUCUUGCCAAUCGCAGUAAUCUGCAGCGCCAGGAAAUUUCAUCCCAAUUUAAGACUCUUUAUGGAAAGGAUCUGAUAAAGGACUUAAAAUCUGAGCUAUCAGGAAACUUUGAGAAACUCGUUCUUGCCUUGAUGACACCACUACCUCAAUUUUAUGCUAAGGAGCUUCACGAUGCAAUGUCUGGUAUUGGCACUGAUGAAAAUGUACUCAUCGAAGUGCUGUGCACUAUGUCCAAUCACGAAAUUUCAAUCAUUAAACAAGCGUACGAAGCAAUGUACGGAAGAACAUUAGAGGAUGAUCUAAUUGCUGACACGUCUGGCACUUUCAAACGUUUGUUGGUAUCAUUGUGCUGUGCCAAUAGAGAUGAAUCAUUUAAUGUGAAUCAAGCCGCUGCGAUGGAAGAAGCUAGGCAACUUUUGCAAGCUGGGGAACUUCGUUUUGGUACGGAUGAAUCUACCUUUAACGCGAUUCUCGUCCAGAGAAACAUGGCACAAUUGCGACAGAUAUUCGUGGAAUAUCACAACAUAACAGGCCAUGAUAUUGAGAAUGCAAUUGAAAAUGAGUUUUCGGGCGAUAUCAAGAAAGGUCUCCUUGCGAUUGUGAAGUGUGUCAAGAACAGAGCCGAUUUCUUUGCCGAACAAUUGUACAAAAGCAUGAAAGGCCUUGGUACGAAUGACAGCCGUCUUAUUCGAUUGAUUGUGACACGUUGUGAAGUGGACAUGGGUGAAAUAAAGAGUGCGUUUCUCAAGCAGUAUGGAGAGUCAUUGGAAGAUUACAUAUCCGGUGACUGCUCAGGACACUACAAAAAAUGCUUAUUGGCACUAAUAUCCUAAAAUAUUUUCUAACGAUAAUAUGUGAAAUUGUUUCAUUGCAUUUAUGGUCCAUGUUUUUUUCUUUAUCAUCUUUUUAUCAAACAUAUACAAUGUAUGCACAUCAAUAUCCAAUCACCUUUUCUUUUAGUUUUUUGACAGUUGCACUAUUGACAAUAAUAUGUAAGUUAAUUGUUUUUUAUAGUCUUAGUUAAAGAUACUUUUAUGCUACAAAGUUUGAAAUGCUUUUUUGAUUAAUCACAUACACAGGCACUUGUAAAAUCACAUCACAUACUUUAAUUUUAUAAGAAAGUCAUAAAUGUACUUUCAAACUUUUAUUACACUUGUUGACAUAAUAUUUUUAUUAUAAUACAACUAUAUAUAAACACAACAAUUCUACAGAAUUAAUGAUGAUUUUAUAAAAAUUCUAAUUUUCACUGUAAUAUAUACAGUUAUACUAGUUAAGUUUGAUUUACAUUGAUCAAACGUUUCUAUGUACCAUAAAUGCUUUUAUAUGAAACCAUCUAUAGCAAGCAUCUUUUUAAUGUGCUUUACAAUGUGUUUUACAAUGAAUCUCAAAAAUCUGUCAAUCUCCCGACAUUAUAAUAAAUGUGGAAAUAUAUUUUUUACAUUUAAAAGUA